CGCGGCCGGCAGCCGCGGGCGGGAGCUCCUUCUUUUCCCCGUCCGUUCCCCAUCCCCUCCCUCCCGUCCCCCGCCGCUGCCAUGCCUUCCGCGCCGCUCCGCGUGGCCGUGGUGUGCUCCAGCAACCAGAACCGCAGCAUGGAGGCUCACAACAUCCUCAGCAAACGAGGAUUCAGCGUCCGAUCCUUUGGCACGGGGACUCACGUGAAACUGCCGGGACCGGCACCGGACAAGCCAAAUGUUUAUGACUUCAAAACAACCUAUGAUCAGAUGUACAAUGAUCUGCUUAGGAAAGACAAAGAACUAUACACACAGAAUGGAAUUUUACACAUGUUGGACAGAAAUAAGAGAAUCAAGCCACGACCAGAAAGAUUCCAGAACUGCAAAGACGUUUUUGAUUUGAUCCUAACGUGUGAAGAAAGAGUCUAUGAUCAAGUAGUAGAAGAUUUAAAUUCCAGAGAGCAGGAGACGUGUCAGCCGGUCCAUGUGAUCAACGUGGACAUUCAGGAUAACCACGAGGAGGCCACUCUGGGUGCUUUCCUUAUCUGUGAGCUCUGCCAGUGUAUACAGCACACAGAAGACAUGGAAAAUGAAAUAGAUGAGCUGUUACAGGAAUUUGAAGAGAAAAGUGGAAGGACUUUUCUUCAUACUGUCUGCUUUUAUUAAAGCACAUCUGUCUCUUAGGCCUUAAUACAGAUGAGGGAAGCAUGUGUUUAAAUUUCUGAUUAUACUGUAUUUUCCUGGAAAAUGAAUAUUGAUAUUUGUUUGUUUGUUUGUUUGUUUGUUUGUUUAAAAACUCCUUUUCAGUGUCUUUUUGUUUCAGGUGUUCUGUCACAGGUAGGCAGAGGUACUGGUUGGGCUUGUACAUAUGAAAUGAUUAAAAGUAUACACAAAGGCCACCUAUUUAAAAAUUAAAUUCAAGUUCUUUUUUUUAAAUCCUACUUUAAUUAUUACAAGUAGGUUUUUAAUUAUAAAGAGAAUGUUUCUUGAAUAUAAGUUUAUAAUGUAUUUUUCCAGCUUACAAAUUUAUUUUAUUUCAGUUGUGCUUUUUUUUUUCGUUUGGGUUUUGUUUUGUUUGUUUUUUUAUUUUAAUGUGACAGAAUGGCUAAGGAUGUGAAUGGAACAAUUAAAUAACUGAGUAUCUGUAUAUUAUUAGCUAUAAAGUUGGAAGCAUCCAAUAAAAAUGAAAAACCUCUAA